UGUGUGUGUGUGUUCGUGUGUUGGAAGGUGUGGAGUGUGUCUUCGUGAGCCCGGAUGAGUGUGCGUGCUGCAACCUUCCCCGGGCUGGGCGUGAGGCGCUGGGAAGGGUGGAGCUGCCUGCAGACCCUGGAGGGCGGCCCCGAGGCUUUCUGAGAUGACGGGGCAGAAGUGGGCUGGGGGGGACGGCUCCGUGGGCGGGGCUGGAGCGGCUCCGCUUUUGCUGUCUCUCACGCGGUUUGCAGCACAAUGUGUGCCCUCAGCAAGGAUGCUGGUUCUUCAGAGGUGUCAGCACCGGGGCCGGCACCCCACUUCCCUCCCAGAAAUCCCCCUGGGGCUGGUGCAGGAGCAGGGAACUCCCGUCACGCCUGGCCUGCUGUCGUCAGAGGGCCGCCCUCAGCCUUAAGGAGGGGCAGAGUCAGGGACCAGCCUCACUUCCCCCAGCCCUUCUCAGACAGCCCCUGAACAGGCUUCGGCAUCGGGGGUCACACACGCCACCGGGAGGCCAAGGCUGCCUGCAGCCCCAGGACCAUGAACGGCACCUCCAACACCUGCAACUCCAGCGACAUCACAUGGCCCCCGCUGCUCAGGCUCGGCUUCUACGCCUACUCGGGCGUCCUGCUGGUGCUGGGCCUGCUGCUCAACGGCCUGGCACUCUGGGUGUUCCUCUGCCGCAUGCAGCAGUGGACAGAGACCCGCAUCUACAUGAGCAACCUGGCGGUGGCCGACCUCUGCCUGCUGUGCGCCCUGCCCUUCGUGCUGCACUCCCUGCAGGACACCUCGGACACGCCGCUGUGCCAGCUCUCCCAGGGCAUCUACCUGACCAACAGGUACAUGAGCAUCAGCCUGGUCAUGGCCAUCGCUGUGGACCGCUAUGUGGCCGUGCGGCACCCGCUGCGCGCCCGCUGGCUGCGGUCCCCCCGGCAGGCUGCGGCCGUGUGCGUGGUCCUCUGGGUGCUGGUGGUCAGCUCCCUGGUGGCUCGCUGGCUCCUGGGGAUGCAGGAGGGCGGCUUCUGCUUCAGGAGCUCCCGGCACAAUUUUAACUCCGUGGCCAUCUCGCUGCUGGGCUUCUACCUGCCGCUGGCCGUGGUGGUCUUCUGCUCCCUGAAGGUGCUGACCGCCCUGGCCCAGAGGCCACCCGCUGACGUGGAGCAGGCAGAGGCCACCAGCAAGGCCGCCCGCAUGGUUUGGGCCAACCUCGUGGUCUUCGUGGUCUGCUUCCUGCCCCUGCACGUGGCCCUGACGGUGCGCGUCGCUGUGGGCCUCCACGCCUGUGGCCUCCUGAAGACUCUCAACCAUGUCCUCUACAUAACCAGCAAGCUCUCGGAUGCCAACUGCUGCCUGGAUGCCAUCUGCUACUACUACAUGGCCAAGGAGUUCCAGGAGGCGUCUGCGCUGGCUGCGCCUCCCAGCGCCAAGGCCCACAAAAGCCAGGACUCUCUGUGUGUGACCCUCACCUAGGAGGCACACUGUGGGUGCUGGGGGCCAGGCCUCGGGGCUCCGGGAGGUGCUGCCUGCCAGGGGAAGCUGGGACCAGCAGCAAGGAGCCCAGGAUCAGCCCUGAACUCACUGUGCACCCUCUUGGAGCCUUGGGUGGGCAGGGAUGGCCCUCACACAUGCUCUCCUGGGAAGAGAGAGGGACAGGGUUAAGGGCAAGAGGACUGAGGCCAGAGCCAGGCCAACCCGAGACCCCCAGGACGAGGCCACACUCUUGCCACCCCCAGAGCCAGCUCACCUGGCCAGGGUGGGUUCUUGCUGGCCAGGGUGUGGCCUUGAUGACACCUGCCACCACCCCCUGGGGCUGAAACCAAACUCCCCGCCCGGAGUCA